AUGCUUCUGCAUGACGCUACCGCGCUGUUUCUACAGAUUUCCGUAUCCCCAUUAGCUCCUAAUAUCGGCUUUAGAAGGACGUGUGGUAGUCGACGUGCAGCCAGCCAGUUUACGAACUGCAGUGAGCGCAGCGACAAGAAGGCCGCCGCUUUCUUGCAUCGCAUCGUUCAAUCGAACGCCAAGUGCAGGCGCUGCGUGAGCGCAUGUCGUCGACAAGUUGAAGCUCAAGCGGCAGCGACUUGCGUCAUGGCUCUGAUUUCACGGUUCGAAGCCGCGUCACAAUCGCGCACUUUCGAGCGUUCGUCGCCUGCCAGUCAUUCGAUUUGUAACCAAUCCCCGAGCUCCGCCGUCGAAAUCGCCAAUGACUACAAAGCUGCAGUGUAG